GGGUGAGUGGGGGGAGCGUGUGCGCUCGCUGCGCCCCGCUCACUGCGGCCGGCGGCUGCCUGCCGUGCGGAGCGGAGCCUAGGCGCCCCGUCGGGGAGAGCCGCGCUCGCAUGGCCGCGCCGCGCCGCGCCGCCGCCGCCGCCGCGGGGCCGGGAGGGGCCGCGGGAGGAGGAUGAGGCGGACGGCGGGGCGGCGGCGGCGGCGGCGGCGCGGAGGAUGAAGUGGAGCGUGCGGGGAGCCUGCGCCGCGCUCUCCAGCUGCCUCCUGCUCGCCUGCGCCCUCAGCGCCGCCGCCGUGGGCCUCAAGUGCUUCUCGCUGGGCUCCGAGCUCAAGGGCGAGCCCUUUCGCCUGGGCACCGCCGCCGGCGCCUUCUACUCGGGACUGCUGCUGGCCGCCGGCCUCUCGCUGCUCGCCGCCGCGCUGCUCUGCUGCCACCCGCCCGACGAAACGCCCGCGACGCCGGCUCCGGCUUCCGACCCAUCGGCGGCCUCGGCCGUGGCCCCGGCCGGGGACUCGGACCCGACGGGCGGCGGCCCCCGCGCGGGGGACGUGGCGUCCGCCCCGUUAGAGUCGGUGGAGCAGGCGCCGCCCGGGGGGCGGCAGAACUUCCUGCUGCUGGGGGUGCUGGUGUUCAUGUUGGGCGUGCUGAGCGCCUUCGCCGGCGCCGUCAUCGACGGCGACACCGUGUCGCUUGUGGAGAGGAAGUACUCGCACUACUGCCUGCUGCAGCCCGGCGGCGCGGCCCGCCCGCGGAGCAGCCCCGCAGUCCCCGACGGUUCCGCCGCGGCGCUCCGCUGCCAGAAGCUGCGGGACUACCAGCAAGGCUUGGUGCUCUCCACCGUCUUCAACGCACUUGAGUGCCUCCUGGGCCUGCUCAACCUGCUCCUCGUAAAGAACUACAAGGCCUCGCAGCAGCGCGGCCGGCGGCGCCGGCGGCGGCGAGCGGCCCCGACGGCCGCGGCAGCAGCGGGCGGGCGCCGGCGGCGGAGACGGGGCGGCAGCGGCGGGCGGCGGGCGCCGCGCCACAGCCAGGGCUCCUUCUUCUCCGGCGGCGACGCCGAGCUCAGCCCCGGUGAUUGCCCCUUCCAGGCCGUCUCCUACAUCAACGUGGGCGUUUUCCACGUCCUUGACGAGGCCGGCGUGGAGGUGCACUGCGGUGGUCAUCCCUCAGUCGAGCUGCCAGGCUACUCGCCUAUGGACCCCGAGCUCAACGCCUCCUACCCCUACUGCUACCCGCUGCCCAGCGAGCAACCCCCCGCAUACGAGGAGAUCUACCCCGGCGAGCACUGCGCUCACGGCACCUAGCGCCGACUGCCGGCGGGACGCCUUGCGGCCCCCGGGGCUCCCAGUUCGCCGUGACAGCCGGGAGCGGGACCAGGAGGACUCGGGGGCGACCCUUGCACGACCAACGGGAUGGCCUCGGCACAGCGGGCCGCGGGCGGGCUACCGCCGUGCCUGUGGCUCUGCGGAAGUUUCUUCUCCCUCCUUCCCUGCUUUCCCCUUUUCCCCCUUCUCUCCCUCACACCGACCUUAUGGCCGUCUCUCUGUCGGUUCUUCCGUCCACCGGCGGCUGAAUUUUCCACAGGCUGCGCAAGAAACACCUAAGGGUUGGUUCCUCCCGCCACCUCUCCUCGAUAGCCAAGUUUAGUUCCCUUCAAGUGAUUCAUCAUUCUCCAGCUUUAGCAGUCCAGAGUUACCCAUUUAUGAUAACCAGCCAGUGUAAGGAAAAGGUGUCAUGAAGCUUCUUUACCUCUCAAAAGAGCUAAAUUUCUAAACAACGCAGAGACAUUGUGUCACGUUUACCAGAGGUGUUUUGGGGAUCUUUAACGUUUACACUACUCCUUGGGAGAAUUGAGUUCUGUUUUAAGGUUUAGUGAGCUAAAACAUUUGUUGGUCUCGUAGGAUGCACAUUGAGAAAAACCUGCACUUUGAAAAAGAAACAGGAAAAAAAAUCAACAACGUUUUGUACACUAACGUGCCUGCUUUUGUUCAUAACUUCUUACUGUAAAAGCUUUCAGAAGUCUGUAGAAAAAAUGUUUGGUAAAUUCACUGCAGUUUAAAAUUGAUUAUUAGUUCCUUUACUAAAACAACUGAGAUGUUGCUAGGAUAUGGCAGAUAAAAGGAAGUCCAAAUGUCAUACACGUUCCUUUUUGUAAACAGGUUCUGUGUUUUUAAUGCAAGGCAGGAUUUCUUUUUGUUUUACACAAGUGAAGCGUUUAAUUCUAUUUUGUACAACUACAUGGUUUACCUUUUAAAAAGUUCCAUUUUACCUGUUAGAAUUCAUUGAUCUGGUACGCUUGAAUAUUAAAAGUUUUAUUUGAAAUACAUAUAUAUUGUGAAACAGCCUUAACUGGUGCCAUGGUCACAGUUUUAAAGGAGAAAAAAAAAAGAUAAACCGUCUUGGAAGACAUCUUCCACAUGUGUUUUCAAAAUUUUAUUUAUACUCCUAUUACAAAGCAAGAAUUUUCUUUUUUGUUUUUUAAAAAAGGCCACUUUAAUUCCUGAAGGGGGAUGGAGGGGAGAUAAUGGGAUUAUAUGCUGUUAACUCUUUCUGAACAUAGAGGUAUUAAAAAGGCUUUCUGCAAAGAGGAAAAACUGCUAAAUCCUCCUUUUGGAUUGUGCUGUGCAAUGCCAGUACCACAUAGUGUGAGAACGUGCUAAUUAAAGAGAAGCAGGUAUGGCAUAUUUUAUUACAACAUUCAAGAACGUGUAAAGGUUUAAUGUCAUCUUGCACAAAGAACCAAAAAGCAGCUUUUCAUACUGCAUUUGGUUCAGUGCCUGUUUCCCCAGUUAUGCCAUAUGGAAAUUAAGUAUAACCUUUCUGUUAACCUUUGUUUGGAGCCUGCUGCAUAAUGCCAGUGUAUCAGCUACCCAGAAAGAGAGUUAAGAGAAUGCAAAGUUACAGUGUAUUUCUGUGUUCUGUGGAAAACUAUUUUUAAAUUUUUAGCUGCAGAGAGACUGACGUAAUUUGCAGCCUUAGAAGUGGAGAGAGGAGAUUUUAGCCUAUUCAAAUCUCUCUGCACUGUUUUGAUUUCUAAAGUGUUUUGACUUGUGCACUUUGCAUAAUCUAAAAUGCAGGAUGCCUUAGAAGUUUUAAAAUUGCAACUUGUUUGUCUGUGAAGCUCACAAUUAAGGCUCUAAUCUAAAGACAGUUAAAAGCAGCAGUUGGUCAUUUGUAGGUCUAAACAGCAGAAAUUUAAAAUACAGAUUACCUUGUGCAAAAUGCCAGCCUAAAACAUAUGCCCUAGCUAAAUCACAUUUUAGUUCUGAAGACUGGUUUUGUGCUUGGCUUUCUGCAGAUGGACUUCCCUAGCCCGUUACAGGGAAAUGACUGGGAAGUCUUGUAAUCUUUGCCUGUUAGUAAUUUAGGCACAAAACCAGUCCUGUAACAUACUGUAUUGCUCAUCCAGCUGAGAUUUUGCAAAAUGAUUAUCUAAAGCAAGCCAAAUCCUUCUGUAGGUCUCGGAUGAGUUUGUGAGAUGGCAUAGUGCCCUGUACUGAAUUAAAUGGGAACAACAGGGCUGCAGGGUGAUUUUGAAAAACAGACCAGCUAGGUGCCUACAUACAAAUGCAGAAGUAUAACAGUAGAUGUUUGCUUUAAAAAAAAUUGGCUAUACACAUUGUAAUUCAUGAAAGCUGUAUUUUAGUUUUACUUAAGGCAUUGAUUUUUGACAUAAAAAUACAGUAUUUUACUUAAGAUAAAUACUUUAGGAAUUAUGAACUAGAAAAUUCUGAGACUCCAGAUGUUCCAAAGAUCAGUGCUCAGGGAAAUAAAUGGAAAGUUAAGAAAGCUACCUAUUAUACUCAAUUGUUUCAAUGUAAACAAUUUUAAACUACAAAUUUUUAAGAUUGUUAAAUUCAUAACUUUUUUUUUUGUGCAUGUGUAUGCGUGUGUGUGUGUUUGUAUUUAAGUCUAUUCAGAAGGCCAUUGCAUUAGAUAUUUAUUUGUGGCUCUGUUUCAGUUCCCGAAUUUCUGCUUUCCUUCGUUUGGGCUUUUAUCCCCUGUAAAAUUUAAUUUAGUGGUGGACAGAUUGCCAGAAUAAUGUCCAAAUUGGACUCGCACAGAAGCCAGUAGGCAUCUUUUCUUUGACUUUGGUGGGUCUGGGCACAAAUGAUACGUAAUGCCUACUCUAAAUAAUCUUUGAAGUAAUAUUGAUCUUCUGGCAUGACAGGAUGCAGCAGUGGCAUACUAUUUCUCAGCUAUUUAUCAUUUGUAUGGACAGCAGUAUUAAAGGAAGUCACCUAUGGUAUUACACACAUUUAAAAAAAAAUGGGAAAAAUAAGGCAGACAAAUUGACCAAACAAGCCAUGUUUUCUUAAAGACGGUAUUUCAGGUGUCUGGUGACUAACUUUUCUGAUAAAACACCACAUGUAUUUUUUUCUCAGUGAGAAUAAACUUAUAGAUACAGGAUACAAGAUGAAGCUUCACAAGCAUGAUUGCAGUAUUGUGAAGCCAUUUUUAGUAAACCUGAAUCAUCACUCUAUCUUCUGAGCAAUAAUGUUAGAGUGUAUAAACUGUACUGUGCUGAAAUUGAAAAUAGGCUGGUGUGGGAAGUAUCAGAGCGUAGGUUAAUUACCUGAGAAGACUCAUACUGUUCCUUUAUUUUCCAGUCCCUGUCACAUGAUUGUCAAGGCAAAUGCAAGCCUGAUCGAUUCACAUCACUGAAGGAUGUUAACUGCAAGGCUUUUGCCUUAAGUAGUAAAAACAGGGAGAAUGAAAGAGAAACAUCAUGUAUGUGCUAUCAAAUCUCCAUUUUGCUUAACUGAAGUAAUGACAAGACGCUUUUUGCUCCACAGUUGCUUGUUUUAAUUUGCUCACAGCUUUACUUGCAUCUGUUCAAACAGAGGGAAGAGUAGACGCAAUACUACUGUUUUGGUCACAGUGGAGCACUGAUUUGGUAGCAGACUGCUCCCAGCUUUCCUGUCCCUUUUGCAGGUAAUAGCAGCUAGUCAAGGGAUAAAACAGUGGGAAAUCAGGUCUGCUGUCUUUGAUGGAAUAGUAUUUGCCUUCAUGUGGAAAAAAUGUAUUCCCACCAGCCUAUUGGCAAUUCACAUGAAUUAUUUUCACACUCCAACAUCUUUGCUUAAAUCUGUUACUUAUACUUUGCAUUGUAAUUGACAGACAGAAUAUAUGUGAAUCUAAAAAUAAGAAAAAAAUUAUUUUAGAGGGAAAUUGUAUUAAAGUAGUACAGAUUUUGCUCAAAAGUUUGAUUUCACUGUAGGACUUCUUUAGUUCACCAAAAAGCGCUAUGGUGGCUGGUAUAACUUAGAUAUUUCAGACAUACUGUUCAAUCAUCAGAAAAGGUUCCUGAAUCUUCACAUGAAAACGACAAUCUGUUUCUGCUUUUGGGCAUAGUACAUAUGAAAACCUUUUCUUCAUUUUGCCAUCUGAUGCAAGAUUGAUCCUCAAGAAAAUGUCAGUAAUUGAUCUUGUAAUUUUAGGAUCAAUAAAAUAUGUUUUAAAGCACAGCAUAUCCUAUAAGAAAAGCCUAAUGCUCUUCAUUUAAUAGUCUUCAUUGUCCUAAACAGAUGUACACUUUCAUUACAAAACCAUGUUUUUCAGGGACUUACGGUUUGUACAAGUGGAAUCCUGACAUAAAAUUCCAGAUUUUACCAUGAAGUCAAGUCUGUUUCUUUAAGUUAGCUGUUUCUCGGUUACAUAAUGUUCCAACAUUUUAGACAAAUGCCAUUGGUAAAAAAUCUAGAUCUGUUAAUUUCAUAUGAUGAUACUCUUUAAGUGUGCUAAAGUUACCUCUCCUUAAUACAGGCUUAUAUUUCCAACUAAAA